UCUGAGGCAGAAGUGGCCCAGUACCAGCGUCUCUGAUUGGUCCGAGGUACAGCACUGACAAAUCAGCGACGAGUUUGUUCAACUUGGAAAUUGAUGUUUGGCUUUUCGGUUUGAAAAGAUGUCGCUCAAUCGGGGCAUCGGCAAUGCAGAGUACAUGAGGAGAAGGAUACCGAAAAACGCCAAAUAUCAACAUGUCAAAACAAGGCUGGAUACAGGAUGCAGCCUUUCAAAGUAUAUGGAAAAACUGGAGGAGAUUAGAAAAAACUAUAGAUAUCGAAAAGAUGAAAUCUUUAAGCGGUUGAAGGUGACAACAUUUGCACAACUGAUACUUCAAGUAGCCUCCGUAUCAGACCUGAAUGAAAGUGAUGAUGGCGAAUCACACACAGAUGGUCUGUCACUGGUGUCCGAUGCAGACCUCGAGUGUCUCUCUGAACACACCAACGGCUCCCCACAAGCGUCACUUACUUCAGAACGUGAGGAUGCAGGAGACAGCAGGGAACUCUGUAAUACUGCCAGGUCAACACUCCUAAGUGUUAUUAGUGGUGUGGGAGAGCUGAACCUCGACAGAACCAGUCAGAGGGUGAAGAAUGAGCCAGUGUUCAGCCCUGAGCCGACUGACAGGCCUUACCCCGACUGCCCCUACCUGCUGCUGGACGUGCGGGACCGAGACCAGUACGACUGCUGCCACAUCAUUGGCGCGCACAGUUUCCCCAUUGCCAUGUUAUCUCGGACAAUGAACCCCUACACCAAAGAAGUGCUGGAAUACAAAAAUGCAGCGGGGAGGAUCAUCAUCGUGUAUGAUGAGGAUGAGAGAAUAGCCAGCCAGGCAGCCACCACCAUGUGUGAACGAGGAUUUGAGAAUCUGUUUCUGCUGUCUGGAGGUCUCAAGGUUAUCGCUCAGAAAUUUCCAGAGGGAUUGACGACGGGCUCCAUCCCGGCCUCCUGCCUGUCCUCUCCCCCAUCGCUGAAGGUUAAGAAGAGCUCUGCGCCACAGCAGCCAUCACAGGCAGCAGAGAGGAGGUGGAGGUUAACUUCAGACGAGCUGUCCAAAAUCCAGGACCAACUGGAGGAGAUCCUGAUCCCCAGUAACACCAACAGCCGCAUGUCCAGCCGCUUGUCAACCAGCAGCUCGCAGUCUAAAGCUUCCAGCGCUCGGAGUCGACAGAGUUCCUCUACAACUGGGAGGGACAGCGCCAGGGUUCAGAGCAGCAGACCCUGGAAAUGAAACCACCCGGCCCCCCCCUUCACUGCAGAGAUUUACACAAACAGACAUACCUCCAACACAAGGUCAAUUUAUUUCAGGUUACGUUUCCCCAUUCCAUAACUGUAAAGAAACACAUGUUUGGCCCCAGUCUUAACAAUAAUCCUCCAUGGUACUGUUGGAAACUGCUUUCUUAAAGCAAAUUAUAGGCAGUGUUUCUCUGUGCCCUUGGCCAUGUUUUAAUUCAGAAUAUCCACUGACAAAGCUGCUUAUAUAUGUUAAUUUGUAUGUUCUAGUUUUGAAAAUCACACACACCUAUUAAAAGUAAUUACUGCUGCAUUAAAAAAAACAGGACUGAAAGAAACUAAUUAAGACUUAAUUAAGUUUAAAAAAACAAAAUCUGUUAGAACAGAACAAAGCAAUUUCAUUUCAGACUCAUUGGUAACCUUUAUAAAAUUACUUUAUGUCACACUGUUGCGUCUUGUUUUAAAAAUAUAUAUAUAUUUAAUAAAUGGUGUGUAUGUGGAUGUUU